GUUUUGACACAGAUGGUCUGCCUUCUGCAGUGUGGCCAGGCGGAGAAACAGAAGCUCUCACACGAUUGGAAAGACAUUUAGAACGAAAGGCUUGGGUAGCGAACUUUGAAAGACCACGAAUGAAUGCAAAUUCCCUUCUGGCGAGCCCUACAGGGCUUAGUCCCUACCUCCGCUUUGGCUGUUUGUCCUGUCGCCUCUUUUAUUUCAAGCUAACGGAUCUGUACAAAAAGGUAAAAAAGAACAGCUCCCCUCCCCUCUCUCUCUAUGGCCAGCUGUUAUGGCGUGAAUUUUUCUACACAGCGGCGACAAACAAUCCACGAUUUGAUAAAAUGGAGGGGAAUCCUAUCUGUGUUCAAAUUCCAUGGGAUAAGAAUCCUGAGGCUUUGGCCAAAUGGGCAGAAGGCAGGACAGGUUUUCCUUGGAUUGAUGCAAUUAUGACACAGCUUCGCCAAGAAGGCUGGAUUCACCAUUUAGCCCGGCAUGCUGUAGCAUGCUUCUUGACUCGAGGUGACCUCUGGAUUAGCUGGGAAGAAGGAAUGAAGGUCUUUGAAGAGCUCUUACUUGAUGCGGAUUGGAGCGUGAACGCUGGAAGCUGGAUGUGGCUGUCCUGUAGUUCCUUUUUUCAGCAGUUUUUUCACUGCUACUGUCCAGUGGGUUUUGGCAGAAGAACUGACCCAAAUGGAGAUUAUAUCAGACGAUAUUUGCCAGUACUUAGGGGUUUCCCUGCAAAAUACAUCUAUGAUCCUUGGAAUGCCCCAGAGAGCAUCCAGAAGGCUGCAAAAUGCAUUAUAGGAGUUAAUUAUCCUAAACCAAUGGUAAAUCAUGCAGAGGCAAGCCGUCUGAAUAUUGAGAGGAUGAAACAAAUCUACCAGCAGCUUUCACGAUACAGAGGACUGGGUCUUCUUGCAACAGUGCCUUCUAAUCCAAAUGGAAAUGGAAAUGGUGGCCUAAUGGGCUAUUCACCAGGAGAAAGCAUUUCUGGUUGUGGUAGUACAGGAGGAGCUCAGCUGGGAACUGGUGAUGGUCACACAGUUGUUCAGCCCUGUGCUCUGGGAGACUCUCAUGCAGGAGCAAGUGGAAUUCAGCAGCAAGGUUACUGUCAAGCAAGUAGUAUCUUACACUAUGCUCAUGGAGACAAUCAGCAAUCACACUUAUUGCAAGCAGGAAGAACGGCUCUUGGUACUGGCAUUAGUGCAGGGAAACGCCCAAAUCCAGAAGAAGAAACUCAGAGCGUUGGACCAAAAGUCCAGCGACAGAGCACAAAUUAAACUGGUAAGAUCUGAGACAACUUAAAGUUAUCCUGUUAACGAGUAAAAUUUUGUACAGACUUUGUCUGUGAUAACGUGCAUAUCACUGCAAUGCAAAAGUUGCUUAAUUAUUGCCAUUAAUUUUUCUGUUCUAGGUACUGUACAAACAAACAAUGCAAAAUCCUGAGUCUAGGGAGUUUACGAAGUAUGAGAGAGGAAGUAGUU